CUCAAAAAGAAGGCUGUGAGCUUGUCAAACUCUAAACUGCCAUUGGCACGUUUCCUGCUGUUGACAGCAGAGGCUGUGCUGUGCUGCGUGCAGCGACUCACAUUUUAUCAGCUGGACUGCACACAGACACACACUUAAAAAGCACCCUUUAACAGGAAGAGCUCCUAUCACUUCUCAGAUACACAGACACAGAGGAAGCCCUGACACAGUGCCUCUUUAAACAGGAGUGAUCCGCAGAUGGACUGACUGACUGACUGUCUCUAUCAAGAAGAGUUUAACCGAUGAAGAGUUUGUGCAUUUUUUGUUUUUGCACCUGAUCUGAUUGUCUCAUAAAAAGUGUUAUGGUUUUGUUCUACAUGGGAUCGGAUAAACACUCAUCUAGAGUCAUGCAGCCUGAGGACCCUGUUCGCCAGGACAUGCAGUUCUACUACGUGGGCGAACAUACGUGGACCACCAUGCUGGGGCAGAGCUUGAGGCUUCAGCCAGUUCCCAUCCAAAGUCUCUCGGAGCUGGAGAGAGCACGGCUGCAGGAAGUUGCCCUUUACCACUUGGAAAAAAGAGACUUGGACUUUAAGAUCAGCAUCCCUAGAGAGACUCGUAAAAGGAGGAAAUCACUACGGAGAAAGUUUGACUCCUUCUCAAAAGAAAAGAAAGAGCGAGAAUCUGCACCCCAGGCAUUCGGCAUCCCUCUUGCCCAAGUAAUCGCCAAUGACCGUGCACACAAGCAGCGGCAGGAUGCCUUGAAAGAAAGUCGCCGGGACUGUCUGGAUCUGGAGGCCAGUGUACUACGCUUUCGUGCUGAGAAAUAUCAGCACAAUGGAAACCGGUCAAUGCGCAGUACAGCGUUACCACCUGGUGUUGCUUCCUCACCAGCACUGGAGGUUCAAAGCAAACCUGCGUCAUCUGCGUUCAUGGACAACACCUCCCGGACACACAGACGGGGAGGUUUGUCUGUGGACUCCAUCUCAGAUCUGGUUGAGAGUCAAUCCAGACUACUAGAAGCUUUGCAGCUCUCUCAUCCUAAUGAGCUGGAAAUGAAGAAGGCAUCGUCUGGCCAUACACAGGCAAAACUGAGUCUCAACCCCAUUUACAGACAAGUACCCAGAGUGGUGGAGCGCUGUUGUAACCACAUUCAGACUUAUGGGUUACAAACUUUGGGGAUUUUCCGUGUAGGCAGCUCCAAGAAGAGAGUCCGUCAACUGCGUGAUGACUUUAACAGCGGGAUAGAUGUUGUGUUAGAUGAGGAGCACAGCAUUCAUGAUGUGGCUGCAUUACUUAAAGAGUUUCUGAGAGAGAUGCCUGACCCACUGUUGCCACGAGAACUGUACCGUGCCUUCCUCCACGCUAACUCGUUGAGAGGAGCUGAACAGUUGAGAUACCUGCAGCAGUUAUUAUAUCUGUUACCACCAUGUAAUUGUGAUACUCUGUUGAGACUUCUCACACUUCUGCAUACAGUACAAGAGAACGCACACGACUCUACUGGACCUGAUCAACAAGAGAUCUCAGGUAAUAAGAUGACGGCAGCUAACCUGGCAGUGAUCUUUGGGCCCAACCUCCUACAGAAAGAGAGAGGAUCAGAGAGAGAGCUCAGUCCACAGGCUCUGGGCAUAGAGGACAGCACUGCUGUUAUCUCUGUAACCCUGGUGCUCAUCCAGAACCACAAACACCUCUUCACGGUGUCUGCAGAGCUCCAGCAGGAGGUGCUCAUGAGCCUCAUUCAGACAGAUCCAGACAUUAUUGACUAUCUGCUACGCAGGAAAGUCAGUAGCAACAGUGUGAAGGAAACAGACUCUGGUGGACGGAGGGACACGCAGGCAUCUCUGGACUCUGUGGGUCAAUCCAAUGACGAUCUUUCAUCCCUGGAGCCUCUAAGUCCUCUCUACUGUGAAACAUCUAGUAUGGGAAGUUUGAACAGUGAGGUCUUCCUUAACGUUUUGCAUCUUAACACCAACAGAAAACGCUCUUCUGAUGCUCCUCCAAAGUCCAUUGGCCAAAUAAGGCAGUUUCAUUCUCACCACAACCUGCUGAGUCUAGCCCAGCCUUCCCUCGAUACCCAAAGCGACGAGAGAGAGCGACAAGACAAAAGACAAGCUUGUUCCAGGCAAACCUGGUCAGAGGAACGGCUCCUUUUCGGUCUGGGACGGAAGGAUAGCGGCUCCCAGCCUCAGAGUCCUGUAGAGAAACACGUCUGGGUACGACAGAGCUCCAAUGCCUCAUCCACGACGUCAGAUGACAGCAAGCCACAAAGCAACUUCUGGGACUUUUUCACUGGAAAGAUACCCGUGGUCAGAAGAAGCCCCUCACUGCAAAACUUCUUCACCAACCAAUCACAGUCUGAGAAAAGUUAUGUGGAAUGGAAGAUCAAUUAUUUUAAAGAUGUUUUUAAUAACUAGACCAUGGGAAAGCAAGCCGUGACUUCUGAUAUAAUUACAUUACAUUACUUGUCUGAAAAUAACUGAAAUUAAUUCUGCGCUCUGUUGGUUUGCAUAAAAACAAGCAAUAGCUCCAUCUACAGUUCUUUUGUGCAGUUGUAAGUUUUGAACCAUUGGUACUGAUUGUAGCCAUUCAGACAAAGUAUCAAAGCGACAAUCUUCUACAAGAGUCUUUAUUUACAGCACUUAUUUUUCCCCGGUCUUGAGGAAACAUCUGCUUUUUUUGUUGUAAUCCCAAAUCAUUGUAUCUAACUGUGCAGUUGUAAAAAAAAAAAAAAAAAAAAACUUAAGUAAUGGUCAUGUAGAUUGCUGAGUGUUUUUUUUGCCAACAUUCUGAAUAAGUCUCAACCAAAUAUUAACCCAGAUGGACUCUCA